AGAAUUCUUGCGUAUUCAUCUGCGACGUCAAUAGAGGCCACCGCAAGCUGGAAGAACCAUGGCCCAUGUGUGCUUAACAAAGCAGUGCAACAUUCUGCGGAACGUAGCACCCUUCCAGCCUGCAACGGGGACAUCCUUGAAAGCGCGACCGCUCUGGCGUGUUUGCCGGGCAGGAGAAUCUGAUAAUGAGCCGUCUUCAAGCGGAGAUCCAGGUCUGAAGAGUAAGGAAGCUUCUUUGGAGCGGCUGGAGGCAAGCAUACGUGGAAAAGCUGCAUCGCCCCGGCCAUCGUCUGUUGGUGGUUCCCCCGGGAAGGCUAUGAAGCCCAUUCCAAUUCGAGGAGUUUCUCAACAGCAGCGAAAGAUUGACAGCCAGUACGAAAAUAUGGCGGAAUGGAAGGAAGGGCAGCUGUUUCCUGAAGGCUGGGAGUCUAUGGGCGUGGGGCAAAAGCUAACGGAACUGUAUCUUGGUCGUCGCGGCGUCCUAUUUUGGGCAAACAAAGCUGCUUAUGCAUCCGUCUUUAUUUUGCUGGGCGGCUGGAUUCUAUUUCGUUUCGUUGGUCCGGCUGUGGGGCUUUACAAGCUUGCAGGGGACUUUGCGCCUCCGCCCCUGUAAAGCAAACGAACCGAUGUUGCCUGUUUGAUUCGAGUUUUAAAAAUAUUGGUUAAACAGAAGCUCUAGGAGGCAAUAAAGGGACUUCCAAGCGCCACUGACCCAUGGGCCGCUAACGUCGGCUGCCCACUAAAUGUACGCUGGAGGAUUGCAGGAUGCAUCUGAACAUGUGAUGCUUACGUUGUGCAAAGGUGUAUUUAAUGUGUUUGAUUUUUGUCACGCCAAUCGGGUGCGGUAUUGCUUAUGAUGGGGGCAUGUGAGCGCGGCAUGGGCCUCGGACGCGCUCAAUCAUUUUAGUGGACCUGUACCUCGACAACAAGAGACACCAAACUUAAAUACUGUAACGAUGCAACAU